AUGAUCUGCAAAAGCUGCCGCUCGACUUUGCUGUCCCGGCUCAACCAGCAGCCCGUUGUGACCCGGACAGCUUCGACAUGCGCGCGCCAACUCCCCAUUACUCGCACCCAAUUCCGGUCAUACAGCAGUGAUAACAAUGCCUCCGUCUCUGCUCCUCCUUCUCCCUCGGCUCCCCGCCAGCCCACAGUCGGCGACCUCUCCACCCCGUCCGCCAUCUCCUCCGCUACUCCAGGCGUGUCUCAGCCAUUGAGCACCCCGGAAGGCGUUCAUGUCGAUGUGAACCCUGGUUCUUCCACGAAACCCACCACUGUGCGCCCACCAAGCAGCUGCCCGGCCGGCACUAAGAUGACCGGACUCAACUACUUCAAAAACAAGCCGGACGUCUUCGCCAAGGAAGAUUCCGAGUACCCAGACUGGCUCUGGGGUCUCCUCGGCGAUGCUACCAAAGAUGUUAAGACCCAGAAAGGCGGUGUUGACCCAAGCACCCUGAACAAGAAGCAACGGAAGCGCUACGAAAAGAAGCUUGCCGCUCGUACUGGCCCUCUCGCCGCCAAGAUCCCUGCCCACCACCACGCCCACGAUAUCACUCCCGCCUCUUACAACCGCGACGGUGCCUCAACGGACGCCAUGGCUGAUGCUAGCGAAGGCUUCGACCAGCGCUCGGAGGUUAUCAAGAGUGCCCGUGAGGCCAGACGGAAGGCCAUCAAGGAAUCUAACUUCCUGCGUGGUCUGUAA